AUGUUAUCCAUAUCAUCCCGCUCCGGGUCAAAGAUCGUUAAGUCUAAGUUCACUCCAGAAGAAGAUCAGAAGCUCUUCAGCCUUGUUAAUGGAUUACAAGAGAUUGACUGGAACGCGAUCGCAAAACAAUUCACACAUAGAAAUUCUCGUCAAUGCCGUGAGAGAUGGCAGAACUAUCUCAAUCCAAACCUUACAAAGGACAAUUGGACUGAGGAAGACGACCGUCUUUUGCUUGAACGUUAUAAGGAAAUGGGUCCUCACUUGAAUGCCAUUGGAAGAACGCUCGGUAACCGCUCCGGAAAUUCUGUCCGUAAUCGGUACCUUGUUCUUAUGAGAUUCCAGCAAAAGCACCCAGAGUCUUCUCUGUUUAAGUCUCCAUCAUCUCCAGUCGAGAUGCCAACUAUUGAACCAGAAGAGGUUCAGAUGAAUUUAUCUGAGCCAGCUCCAAAGAAAGAUGCGGAAGUUAGUUUGAUUGAUAAGAUUUUUAAUCAAAACGUUAUUGAAGGACUCUUCUCAACAGAUGAGUUCGAUUUCUUAGAAUCUAUGUUCAUGUAA